AAAAACCCAAAACCACACUCCUCUGUCUGUUUGUCUCUCUGUCUCUGUCUCUGUCUCCCUCUCUCUCAAACUCCAAAUAACAAACAACAAAAUUAAAGAUAUGUCACCCUUGGCUACAACCUUGUUGACACUUUCUCUUCUUCUCUUGUUGCCCCACGUCUCUCGGGCCCAAGAAAGAGCUCCCCACGGCCUUGCAUUUGAGAGCCCCACGGCGUUGCCACCCUCCGGCAUUGAUUUCUUCAACCCAAAGGCUGAUCAGAGCCAGCAGCCAGUUACCAGAGACCCUUGCUCUUCCUCCCACUGCUCGCCAUUGCCUCUGGCUGCCACCGUGGCCUCAAGUCUGGGUCGUGAGAGCACAUUCACGCCCGGCUCCGGGGGAGGGGCCAGCGGGGGAGUAGGCGCUGGUGCGGUCGCCGGAAUUGUGUUUGGGUUCGUGUUUGUGGUGGUGUUGGCCAUGGGGGCUUACUAUGUGGCGGUCACUAGAAGGGUCAAUUUGAGUCGAAGUAAUUCCGUUAAGCCUGAUGCUUGAUACUGCUGUGUUUAAUUAUGUGGCUAUCUUCUCUUGAAUCAUCUUUGUAACUUUUUUUGUUUUUUUGUUAAUUUUUCUUUGUGAUUUGGGAUAUGCUUUGUAGUCUGUACCUAUGAUAUUGAUAUCCUCCAUAUUUGUGUUAGUAAUUUUAGCCAUCUGGAGGUUUAAUUGCUUAUAUAUGCUGCUGCUUCUGCUUCUGCUUC